UAUUUAUGCUCGAAUUUAUGUUUCUUACAUAAUCUUUAACAGGAUUAUGUGUUAUAUUGGAACUGACUAUAGAUAUGCCACACUAUAGAAAUACCACAUGGAUAGCUAUUUAGAAAAUAAUACACUAUACAUUAGUGUAGGUCGUUGGCUUAUUUAACACUGGAUUAUAAAUCUAACUGGGGAACUACUAUUUCUUUGUCAUCUUGACUAUUUGCUAUAGCGCCAAAACUUCUUUUCUGUAGCGUUAUAUACAAUGCAUUUGAACUGGAUAUUGAUAUAGGUUAAAGAACAUUUCAAUAGAAUAUAAUAAAAUGAUGAAGGAUAAACGCAUUUCUAAAACUGGGCAGACGGACGGCGGAUACGGUUGGGUAGUAGUAAUGUCUGCAUUUUUUAUUGGAUUUAUUACCGACGGAUUGGUGUUUUCCGUCGGUAUUUUGCUUGUCGAGUUACUCGAACAGUUUCAGCAAGGGAGAGCAGCCACGGUUGCAAUUGCAUCUAUUAUGACAGGAGUUAUGCAUCUUGUAGGUCCAAUUGUCGGCGCACUAAUUGACCUUUAUGGCUGCCGUGUUCUUGUAGUUACCGGGGCUGUGAUCAGCUGUGUCGGGUUCGUGAUCAGUAGUUUUGCCACCGGGAUCUUGUUCCUGUGUUUGUCUUAUGGUCUUCUGGCGGGUCUAGGGUUCGGAUUAAUGUAUAUACCUGCGGGAGUGUGUGUUAUACGUCACUUUAACAAACGUCGAACUUUAGCCAAUGGAAUUGCCGUUUGCGGAUCAGGAGUAGGCACAUUUGUGUUUAAUAUUCUUACGCGCAAGUUGAUAGACGAGUACAGCUGGAGAGGGACUCUUUUACUGGAAGCUGGAAUAACACUGCAGGGUGCAGUUUUGGGACAACUCUUAUUGCAACCGAAAUUUAAACGCUCAAACGAACAUGACCACAAUUUAGAGACACUGAUGGAUAAAAUAGAUGCAAAAUCAGUUAUAGAUACUGAAAAUGAAUACACGGACUCGUCCGGUGUAAUUAUAAGAAAAUAUCAAAAGGAUAAAGUUACUGACAGCGAAAACAUUUGUUUUGAAAUUAAAACAGAAGCAAAUUAUACAUCUAAAACUAAACCUUCUUCAGCUAAAGCCAUCUCUAAGAUGAUACCAACUAUAAACACGAUAUUGCAUGUGGACCUACUGAAGGAUUAUAAAUGCUGGUUGUUUUUGAUGUCAGCAUUCACGUUUCAGCUAGCAUUCACCAUACCGUUUAACCUGAUACCAGACCAGGCCAUUGGGACGGGAAUGACGAAAAAUCAGGCUGCAUGGCUUACAUCAUCAAUAGGAAUAUCAAAUACAGUAAGCAGAAUAUUAUUCGGUGUAAUUGGUGAUACCCGGUGCGUCAAUAGAAUGAUCCUUCUGGAAAUAAUCCUUGUGUUAGCCGGUGUAUCUACAGGGUUAUCCUUCUUGUUAACAACAUUCGAGUUAAAAUUAAUCUACACAAGUUUAUAUGGGUUUUUAGUAGGCGGAUAUGUAACAUUAUGUACUGUGGUGCUAGCCGAUUUAUUUGGGGCCGACCUUAUUGCCAAGUCGUUUGGACUGCUGAUGUUUUUCAUUGGCGUUUCCGGUUUUAUUUCUACGCCAAUAGGAGGGCUGCUUUUUGACCUGACUGGGAAUUAUCACGCAACUUUUGUAGUUGCCGGCGGAGAAUUUCUUAUUGCAGCUUUUCUUUUACUCUUGCUAAAAUUACUGUAAACAGAAAUAAAAUAAAUUUAUUAAAAGAAAUAAA